AUGGACGAUUCACGGAAGGCCUACGUCGUUGCACAGGAUCUUCACAACGCGAUAAUGCAGCGUGACGCAAUAACUAUCAGCGAAAUAACUGGGCGAUAUGUUUCUGGCUACAGGGAAAAGAUUGCGCUUGCUUUCAUGGAACAGUACAAUGUACUCCCUGCGGACCUUUUCAAGGAGUGGGGGACCGGAUAUUUUGAAUCCCUUAUGAUCCGCUGCUGGACCAAUAGACACGAAGCCAGGGCAAAGAUGCUAAAGGAAGCUAUCCGCGGCGCUUUGGACAGAGACGCAUUGGUGGACCUUGUGAUUCUGUGCAGCACAGAUGACUGGGCUAGUACGCUUGUGCACUAUCAGAAGCACUUCAGAAUCGCGCUGAAGGCAGAUAUUCGCUUGAAUAUGCCGGCGGAUCGACCAUGGAAAGCACUAAUUGAUCGCUGGAUGGAACACGACCGGCACUACAGAAACAAUGUAAAGACGGACGCGCAUAUGCUGCUUCAAGCUUUAGAGGGAGGCAAUGGAGCGGCCAUCGUAGAUAUUCUGGUAACCACGAAGCCACAGGAAUGGGAGAAGAUUGUUGCUGCUUACGAGGAGCACACAAACAAGUCCUUGGAGACAGCUAUCUGCAUGGCCUUCCCCGGCUUCGAGCAAACGGCGUUCUGUGCAGCGCACUACUGGCUCUGUGAGCCAAGCAAGGCAGCAGCAUUCUUGAUUCACCGUGCCUGCGAAGGCAAGCGAGGAGACUUUCGCCGUGUUUGCCGCAUUACAAGCCUGGUGCUCGAUCAGUGCCUUAAGUGCAAGUAUGUGUAUAGCGUCUAUGGGCACCUGGCAGCAGACUUUCGCAAAACCUUCAGCGAUAACACCGCCAUCCCACUCAUUUCCCUGUGGCGUGCAUAUGACAUUGGUAAAAUAUUGGCAGAAAAACACGAGAACAUCACUUAA